AAGUACAUCAAACGUUCCGAAGCCGAGACCCUGCGGCGGGAAGCCUACCUCGCCGAGCAAAAAGCGCUGCAGGAGAAGAAACAAGCCAAAUUCGCCGAGAAGCGCAAGCGCGAAGAAGACGCGGCGGAGGAAGCGCGUGUGCGGGACGAGAAGCGGCGCAAACUCGAAGAAGAGACGCGGCGGCGGCGCGAGGAACAGGCUGCCGAGGAGGAACGCCGCAGGAGGAAACGACUGGGACUGCCCGAGCUGGUGAAGGAAGAUAGCGCCGACGAUGGGGCUGCCGCGGAUGGUGAGGAGGACAUAGCUGACGCCGAGCUGAUGACGCGAUUGCGUGAACUUGAACAGCCGGCAACGUUAUUCGGCGAAAACCACCGCGCACGACUGAAGCGGUACCGCGUGCUGACGACGACGGUGACGAGCGGACCGAUCCCGACGACGCUGCAGCUUGUGGACGAGAAGGAUAUGCGAGUUUCGGGGACGAUACCGACAGAUAAGGAAGGACGGAAGCUAUUGUUCCGGCAGUUGGCAUCGUACUUCACCAUGGUGCUGCGAGAGUGGGACAAGGCUCUGUCCAAGGAGGAGAAGCGCGACACGUUCGCAAGCAAGGCCGCCGUCAAUGCUAUGGUACAGAGCCGCGAGAACAUGGUACCGCUGUUUCGCAAGUUUGAAAAGGACGAGCUCGACGAUGAUAUUAUCAAGCCCGUUGUGGAGAUUGUACAGGCAGCCCAGGAGCGUCGUUAUGUGGAUGCAAACGAUGGGUAUCUGCGCCUGAGUAUCGGCAAGGCUGCGUGGCCCAUUGGUGUUACCAUGGUGGGUAUUCAUGAGCGUAGCGCCAGAGAGAAGCUUCAUAAUGGCGAAAGGGGCCAUGUCAUGGGAGACGAGGUCACAAGAAAGUAUUUGCAGAGCAUCAAACGGUGUCUCACGUUUGCUCAGGUGAGAUGGCCGCCCGAAGACGUCAGGCAGUUGAUGGGUUAG